GAUAGAUCGAGCCGUUCGAGGCCAAUCCCGACUGGAUCCCAUUGACACAGCCCGAAGGGAGCAACCCCAACACCAGGACCUAAACUCCAACGCCAUUGAUGCCAUGCUCAGCCGCUAACCUUACCUCUAUCGCGCGCAGCGCCGUCCCCGUCCGUUGCUCGUUCCCGACAAUAGAUCGAGCCAUUCCAGGCCAAUCCCGACUGGUUCCCGUCGACACAGCCCGAAGGGAGCAACCUCAAGCUCCAACGUCAUUGAAGCCCUGCUCACCUCGCAGGAGUCUGCCUCACCCCGCCUGCUGGCCCGAAAUGGGCUGCCUCCAGCCGGCCCAACACGCCUAAACAGGCCACAACCCGCCCCAGUUGGGUUGUAGCGCUAAGAGAAGCUGGAGCAGGAGCCGAACAUAAUUGGAAUCGCUGGCUGAAGCGAGAAGCCACGAGGAGAAGCUAGUUAUGUGGAGUUUUGAGAAGCUGGAGAGCCUCCGAACACGCCCUCAGAGUACCCUAUAACUUCAACCUUUAUUUCAUCUUUCCAAAAUGGACGAACUGCCAAAUGUCUGAGUGGGCCCAUUCAUCUUGUAGCCUGCAUUCUGAAGCCCAUGCCAGCCCGAAUCAAAGAAGAGCUUGCUCAGAGCCGGGCCAAAUCAGCACUUACCUAAUCCCCUGAGGGCCCAAAACGAGCCCCUCUCUCCUUCUUCCUCUCCCCGUUCUCCUGGCGACCUCACGGCAGCGAACAGGGUAGCUGACGCGAGACAUCGCCAUGGCGUCGCGAUUCCUAGCCCGAUCCAAAACCCUAGCUCUCGCCCUCUCCCGCGCGGAUGCGGCGCCGGCGCCCCUGGCUGGAUCCCGCGCGCUCUCCUCCCUCCCGCGCCACCCCGCCACCGCCGCCCCGUCCCCGGCGAUUGGAUCCCCUCCUGGCCUCAGCAAGGUUCUGGGACAUGAGCCAACAUCACACCUCAGCGGCACACAAUUUUUACCGCGUUGGUUUUCUACUGCAGCAUCCAAUGGAUCUCCCAUGCAGAAUACACAGGUCUCAGAGACAUGCAAGCCAGUUGCUGGAACGGGACACUCUGAUGCACUAAAAGCGACUGAAGGAGCCUUCCCUAAAUUCACGGCAUUCAGCCCACUAGAAGCAGCUGCUAAACCUAGAAGCAGUCCGUUGACAAGUGAAAGUUCUAAAGUCAGGCGAUCAGAGAUAUUAACAGGAGUAACCUUUUACAUGAUCCCAGCUCUGCUUCUUUCCUCAAGGAACAGCAUCAGUACAUCUCUUAUGGUCGCGGCGGUAUACCAUCAAAUCUACAUGUUCCACAAGGAGAUCUUUCUGGACUAUGUGCACCACGACAUUACCAGGAAGUGGGCUUUGAUAUACUUCAAGCUGCUUCUGCUGGUCAUGGCAAAGGACACCAUCGUGUACUUCGGUUUGGUCUGAGUUCACCGUGUUAGUUUGUCAAAGGACGGGCUAUGCACUCAUUUGUACUCCGAGAAAAAUAAUGAGCAUCGGCACAUGCUGGGGCGCUGGUGGUUCUUGUUUCCCGCAUGAACUUUCUUGGUUUCCAACCUUUUCCCCUCCCAACUUUGCUCGUCUUGUUUUUGUCUAUGCAUUCGAAAGGGUUUGUUUAGUGGCCCUAUCAGAUAACAAGUUUCUGCAAACCAUGAUAUUAGAGCGGGUGACUGCAUUCAUGUUUUUAAUAAUUAGCAAGUAUGUGAACUCUGCAACUCGUAUUUAGUAUGUUUCCUAGCA